AUGACAGCAAGAAACAUUAAUAAAAUCUAUAAUUUAACAAAAUUUAAUAAAUUCCUCGUUUCAAGAGAUUCUAGUUUACAAGUAACGAAAUUACCAAAAUUUUAUUUUAACAAGGAUAAUAUAAAUACAAAGGAUAAUAAUGUAAAUUCAGUACGUUUUUUCAGAACAAUACCUUGUUUUGAUUCAACAAUUGAAGUUACAAAUGCGCAAGAGCAAAUCCCCAUACCAUCCUCUACAUCUACCACCACCACCACUUCUUUUACGCCCACAUUGAAGGAUUCAUCAUCCUUUUCACCUGCUACUGUUCCAAAACCACUUAUCAAUGAAAACGAAUUUGUUAAUUAUGAUCCAUUAAUGGAGCUAACAAAAAGUCGAAAUAAUAUAUCAAAAUUGAAUAAUAUUUUUCAAGAAAUGAAAUCUAAAAAUAUUAAACCUGGUGCUACAGCCUAUAAUAUUCUUCUAGAAGCUUAUUCAAGAUAUGCUGAUUCAAUUGAAACCACAAAAAUUUUACAUGAUAUGCUAGAAGGCGGUAUUAAACCUAAUCUCGAAACAAUUAAUAUUAUAUUGAAGACAUGUGCAGAAAAAACCAUCAUAUUUCGACAAGAUCCAAGCCUUCGAGAAUUUACUUUUGACUUAAUAAAUCAAUUUCAACUUGAACCAAAUGAAACUACGUAUGAAUAUUAUAUUGAUGCAAUGAUAGCGAAUGAUGAAUUUGAAAGCGCAAUAGAUUUUUUUAAAACAAUGAAAAAACAAGGUCUUAAACCAUCAUUUCGAUUAUAUCAAAAGGUCAUUAAAGGUUUUAUAGGUUGUAAUGAUGAUGUCAUGGUGCUUGAAUUAAUGAAAAUGUCAGAAAAUGAUGAUUAUAAAUUAUUUCCUAAUAUGUAUUUAGACAUUUUAAGAGUUUGUGCUUAUCAAUAUAAUGUGGAAGGCGUAAUUAAGUGUUGGGAUAUUGUUACUAAAGAUGGACUUGGGUUGGAUGAGGGUUUAUGUAUAAAUUUAUUAAAUUUGGCCUCAGUGUCAGGUGAAACAAAACUAGCAACUGAAGUACUUAAAUAUUUAAAGACUGUUCGCAAGUUAGUUAAUUUGGAAUUGUAUCAUUUAGAACCAUAUCUUGAAGCAUUUGUCAUUAAAGGUGAUUUGAAAAAAGCCUUUGAUGUAUUAAACAUUAUAAGAUCUUCAAAUCAUGUACCUACUAUGAAAACAAUUUCAUCAGUUGUAAAAUAUAUUGAGAAAAGUACUGAACUGAUUGACAAGGCUUAUUAUACAUUAGAAGAAUUACACAAAGAAGGUAAAAAGGUUGAUAUAUUGGCAUUUACCGCAAUUAUUAUUGCUUGUAAGAGGAUUAACAAUAUGCCAAAUAGUGCUGAUUUGAAAAGAGCUGUUGAAACCUUUAAAUCAAUUGAGAAAUUUGGCAUAAAACCUGAUUUGGAUACAUUCAAUGCUUUAAUAAAUGUAACCAUCUACUCUGGUCAUAAGGAAUUGGGCGAAGAAAUUUUCAAUGAAUUGAAGGAAGCUUAUGGUCUUAAGCCAAACAUUGAUACUUAUAGACGUAUGAUAUUUUUGUGUUUGAAUCAACCAAAUUACGAGGAUGCAUUUAAAUAUUUAGAAGAAAUGAAAUCAAAAGAUAUAUUACCGAGCAUUGAAAUCUACGAGAGAAUCAUUAGAAAAUGUGUUAUGAAUAGUGAUGCAAGAGCUAAAUUAGCUUUGGAGGAAAUGUGUAAAUUUGGCUAUAGGCCUACAACGGAUAUUACCGAUUCUGUAAAAUUUGGUGUUUUGGUGGAUAGAAAUAAAUUAUUGAAAAUGAUAAGUGAAGCAUCGCUUAAUCAAGAUAAAGAAGCAACCAUAAAAGAUGAACAUAUUGCUCAAUUAGAUGCUUUCUUUGAAAAAGUUCUUGGUCAAAAAAAUUAA